CCGCUGCUGAGAGUUCUACAUUUGCACGACUUUAAACAUGACUGAGGCAGAGUACUAUACAUUGUACAAGGGGGUCUAUUUGCCUACAAAAGUGCACCCUCCAGAGAGCCUUAAAUACUAUGAGGAGUUUACUUUUCGCCCGGAUGAUAUUCUCAUUGUCACAUAUCCCAAGUCAGGUACGACUUGGAUGCAGGAGAUUGUCCCUCUGAUCAUGAGUGGAGGAGAUCCAGCUUCUGUUGAGACUCUUCCUAACUGGGACCGUGUUCCCUGGCUGGAGGUGGGACAGUCCCGUACCCAUAAACAUGAAGAGAGGCCAUCUCCACGCAUGUUUGCUACACACUUCCAGUACAACAUGAUGCCACCAUCCUUCUUUGACGUUAAGCCAAAGGUCAUCUAUGUCAUGAGGAACCCCAAAGACGUGUUUACAUCGUCCUUCCAUUAUUAUGGAAUGAUCUCCUUUGUGGGCGACCAAGGCACACAGAGCGAGUUCCUCCACAAGUUCCUUGAUGGAAAAGUUAUGUUUGGCUCAUGGUUUGAUCAUGUAAAGGGCUGGCUGAAUGCUGAAGAUAAAGAGCGAAUAAUGUACAUCUCCUAUGAAGAAAUGAUAACGGACCUGAAGGAAUCUGUGGCCAGAAUGUCUCAGUUCUUGGAGAAAUCUCUGGACGCUCAGGUCAUCGAGAAGAUUGCAGAUCGAUGUGUGUUCAAGAACAUGAAGCAGAACAAAAUGUCAAACUACUCUCAAGUUCCUCGUGGAUUCAUGGACCAGACAAAGUCGGAAUUUCUCAGAAAAGGAAUCGCCGGAGACUGGAAAAACCAACUAACAGUGGCAGAAGUGAAGCACUUUGAUGCCGUUUACAAAGACAGAAUGAAAGAUUUCAAAUACAAGUUUCCAUGGGAUUAAACUAUGUGAACACAACCAAGAAUGAAAAAUGCAGAGAUUCUGUUGGUCGUUGUGGAUCACUUAAAAGUUUGGUUUGGUUCAGAAGAAAUUCAGGAUGCUGUCAAUUAACUGCCUUACUUCCAAUUGUAUUUCUUAUUCAUUCUUUAUUGUAUAACUUUCUCAUAAACAAACUGUUUUACUUGGUUUAAUUUAAUUGGCUAUUAACUUAAAUAAUAUGACCAAUGUAUUCAAUUGAUAUUUGUUCAAAAUUUAAAAUUUGAGUCGGAUUGGCCAAUCAGGUUCAUGCAAAAAACAUAGUAAACAAUCCCAGUUGUAAAAUAUUUAGAUUUAGUUCAGUUUGGUUUGAUACAUUUUUUCACAUUUUCCCAACACGUUAAUUAAUCUAUUUAUUGUAUGUUCCAUCAACCUGCCCAGGGACUAUGGGCGGAAAAUAGCAACUUGCUAAAACCUGGUGCAAUGCAUCUCUCCUUGUUUUAUACAGGGUUAAUGUUUUAUUGCGCACUGUCCCUGUUCAAAUAAAAAUAAAAAUUACAAAAU